AACCGAGCGCACGGUCUCCUGUCUUCUCCCCGGCAGUUCUCGCUUUCCAACUUCCAUUCCCUGUAGCUUCCCUCCCCUCCCUUCCUCGAACUCCGCGCGGGCGGCUGCGAUUCCCAGCGUCCGAGCACCCCCUUCCCGGUGUCCACCCCGGCGGAGGACCGGUCUCCGGCUGCUCCGGCGCCGGAUGAGCGAGGAAGGCGGUUUCUUGGGCGAGCUGCCUGUCAGUGUAGCGGCGGAGUAGCGGGCUGACUCCAUGAUGUUCGGUUCGAGGAGGGUGGAGGACGAGAUGGCGCUCACGAGGCAGCGGACCGUCAGAUUCCAUGAUGAGAGGGCAAAGGCAACUAUACCCAUUCACCAGAAACAGCAUGGGCUGGCUGCUAGCAGGCUUGGCUUGGGAAGUUCAGGGAAAAACAAGAUUUUUGUGGCAGGAGAUGACUUGUGGUACAACAAGAUUAUUGACCCAUCAAGCGACUUCAUCUUGACAUGGACCUACAUCUUCCGUGUGUCAUGCUUCAUUGCUCUGUUCAUGGAUCCUCUGUAUUUCUAUGUGCCUAUAAUCGAUUACAGGCCAACUCCUGCUGGCACACCAACCAUUCCUUGUGCUGGGAAGGAUAGACGCAUAGCCAUCAUCGUUACUGUCUUCCGAUCAAUUGUUGAUCUCUUUUAUGCCAUCCAGAUAAUAAUAAAGUUCAGGACCGCUUAUAUUAAUCCAAACUCAAAAUUAGGGGUUUUUGGUCGAGGAGAUCUCAUCACAGAUCAUAAGGAAAUUGCAAAGCAGUAUUUAAGAUCUGACUUUGCAGUUGAUUUAGUGGCUUCAUUGCCUUUACCACAGAUCAUUAUUUGGUCUGUGAUACCAGCUAUCAAAUAUUCGUCGUCUGAGCAUGGCAAUGACAUGCUGCUUCUGGUUGCUCUUUUCCAGUAUAUCCUACGAUUAUACCUCAUGAUUUCCUUGAAUAAUAAAAUAGUCAAAAUUACUGGAGUUUUUGCAAAGACUGCCUGGCAAGGAGCUGCAUACAAUCUGCUGUUAUACAUGAUUGCUAGCCAUGUUUUAGGAGCACUAUGGUACCUUCUAUCCGUUGAUCGCCAGUUCGCAUGUUGGAAAAAAUAUUGCAAUGAGACUGAAAUUCGGUAUCUGUAUUGUGGUGUAAUACCAGAUCCUAGUUGGAACGGAACCUUAGUCUUUUCUAGAUGUAAUGCUAGUAGCAAACCCGAUUUUGACUUUGGUAUGUUCCAGCCACUGUUAUACAACGAAACUCCUAAUCAGAGCUUCCUGAAGAAAUAUGUCUAUUGCCUUUGGUGGGGCUUGCAGAAUCUAAGUUGCUAUGGCCAAACAUUGACUGUGAGUACCUUUCUUGGGGAGACACUGUAUGCUAUAUUCUUGGCGAUGGUCGGUCUUGUCUUGUUUGCGCAUUUGAUUGGAAAAGUCCAGACCUACCUGCAAUCAAUCACUGCAAGGGUUGAGGAAUGGAGAAUAAAGCAGAAAGAUACUGAGGAGUGGAUGAGACAUCGGCAACUACCCCAUGAAUUGCGGGAAAGAGUGAGAAGAUUUAUUCAUUACAAGUGGCUGGCAACUCGAGGUGUGGAUGAAGAAUCUAUAUUGAUUGCUCUGCCUGCAGAUCUUCGCCGUGACAUUAAGCGCCACCUUUGCCUGGAUCUUGUUCGUCGGGUCCCACUUUUCUCCCAGAUGGACGAUCAACUUCUAGAUGCCAUCUGUGAGCGUCUUGUAUCUUCCUUGAGCACAGAGGGUACAUAUAUUGUCCGUGAAGGUGACCUGGUGACUGAGAUGCUCUUUAUCAUUCGUGGUAAGCUGGAAAGUUCCACUACAGAUGGUGGUCGGACGGGUUUCUUCAAUUCAAUCACCCUCAAACCUGGUGAAUUCUGUGGCGAAGAGCUCCUCGAAUGGGCUCUAGUUCCCAAGCCUACUGUCAACCUGCCAUCAUCCACUCGGACGGUGAAGGCAAUCCUCGAAGUUGAGGCAUUUGCUCUCCGAGCUGAGGACCUCAGGUUUGUCGCCAGCCAAUUCAGGCGCCUCCACAGCAGGAAGCUGCAACACACUUUCCGGUACUACUCUCACCAUUGGAAGACAUGGGCCGCGUGCUUUAUCCAGCAUGCUUGGCGCCGCCACAAGAGGAGGAAGAUGGCCAAGGACCUGAGAAUGAGGGAAUCAUUCUCCUCCAUGAGGUCAUACGAAGGCCAUGGCUCCCCCGAACAGAAUUUCACGCUUAGGAGAGGAGUAAGCAUCAUCAAAGAAUUGCCUAAGUUCAGGAAACCAUCGGAGCCAGAUUUCUCAGCAGAGCAUGAUGACUGACUGAGGGAUAGCUGAAUAGCUGGUAAGGCAAGAUUGCUGCUUCUGUUGCGAACAAACCCUGCUCUCUAUUGGUCUUUCCACAAACACGCAUUGGUUUCAGGCUGGGGGGAAGACAGGACUUUGUUGUUGUGGGCUAACCUAUUGUUAGCGCAUUUUUCACCGUUCAACCAAUUGUUCAUACUGUACAUACACAUGUAGUUCUGCUUGUGGCAUUGUAUUCUAGGGACCUCACCUUAGAGUAGAAGAUUGUUGUAUUGGCUGGCGGAGCUGAUUUUACUUCCUCCUUCCAGGGUUCAACUAUUCUUAUUUUUUUGAAGCUUCUAAAUUGCAGCAGGAUGUACCGCCAUUUGUUUGUUUUACACCGGUAAUGCCAGACUGGCUUGGUUAUUGAUUGUGACAUUUACGGUCAGAUUAACGAGAAUGAAACAAUAGGCACAUUUAUUUGA